UGUUCGCCACUGCUGCGGGCGCAUCAAGUGCAGCAGCUCCCAUAACAACAUCAGGGAUAAUCGACCUCCGGACGACGUUUGGGUCUACACCAACCCUAAAAGCGGAGGUGCUUUGGAUGCAAAAUACUGUAGCUAAACACCAUUCCUACAACACCAAUGAGGGCAUAGUUUGAACCAGAAAAGCAAAACCAAGCAGCCGUCGAUCUACAUGUACAUUUCUGAGAGGCGGGGUAAGUUCAAUCAAGAUACCUGGGCUCACACUUUAUGGGACAUGCAAAAGCACAGGACUUGCUGGAACAUGACAGAGUGUGUGGACCAACUUGAACUGAGGAGCCUGGUGUCCAUCUCAAUGGUGGGCCCAAUGUUAACAGGAAAUUAUUUGAACUUUUCCAGCAAGAGUAUGCAGAACAGUAUGGAGGGGCUCCGCUUGUUGUCAUGGGGAGCUGUGGACUCCACACAUUACAUAAUACUUUCAAAUGUGACUUCUCCAUGUGGCAGCUGGACAGGCUGCUGAAGGCAGUGCACACAUUGUUCCACAACGUGCCAGCAAGAAGGGAAGAUUACACUGCUGUAGCCGAAUCUACAGUCUUCCCUUUGUCGUUCUGUGGCCACCGAUGGAUGGAAAACCUACCUGUGGUGGAGAGGGCUUUUGCAGUCUGGCCAUCACUGCUCCAGUACAUGGAUGCAGUGAGAACCAAGAAACUCCCAAACCCAGGAACAGCAUCCUUUGACACCAUUGCAGCAGCCCUGACGGAUCCACUCAUCUUGACCAAACUGCAGUUCUCUAAGGCUGUUGCCAGGACCUUCAAUCCCUUUUUGAAGAAGUACCAAACAGACGGGCCAGUGAUGCCAUUCCUCUGCAAAGACUUGGCUGAGUUGACCAAGAGUCUACUUAGACGCUUUAUCAAGAGAGAGCUUCUCCAGGACGUCACUACACUUCAACUGACCAGACUGGAUGUUGCAGACAAGAAGAACUGGCUCUGCCCACAGGACAUUGACAUUGGCUUGGGUGCUGAGUCUAUCCUCAAGAGCACCAAAUGUGUAGAGCCCACCGUCCUUGAGUUUAGAAGGGACUGAAUGCAGGGACUGUCAAAUAUUGUCGGCAAACUGCAGGAGAAGAGCCCCGUCAAAUAUCCAACGGUUAGGCAGAUGGCAUGUCUGGACCCCCAUUUAAGGUACAGAGACACAGACAGGUGCAAGAGACAGAGGAAAUGGCUUGUUCAAAGGUUUCUGCAGGACAAGCAGCUGACUGGAGGUGUUUCUGCUGCUGAUGUCAUUCUCCAACAGUUUGAUGCCUUCUUGUCCCUUGAGAACAGAAGUGAGGAGUUCCUCUCCUUCCCACCCAUGCAGAAGAGGCUGGACAUCUUUCUGUGUGAUUUCCUCAUCAAGCCCUAUCCUGAGCUCUGGGUUUUUUGUUAGAGGCUGCUCAUCUUAUCCCAUUGUCAAGCCUCUGUGGAGAGAGGCUUUUCUGUAAACAAGACGGUAGAGACUUGCAAUAUGAACGAGGACACUGUUGCUCACAGGCUUGUAUGCGACUAUGUCACUCUGCACGGAGGUGUUACCAAGGUCCCACUCACUAAAGAGCUCCUGAAUUCUGUGGCAUCAGCCAGGUCCAGGUACCGUGUCCACCUCGAUCAGGAGAGAAGGAAGAAGGAGCUUGAAGCACAGGGUCAGAAGAGAUAGGCUGCAGAGCACCACCUGGAGGAACUGAAAAAGAGAAGGAAAACCAUCCUAGAGGUGUCUGAAGGUCUGGCCAGAGAUGCAGACAGGUUUGCAGAAGAGGCAAGGGGGCAAAGCUGGCAGCAAAAUGGCAGAGCUCAUCUCCAAGUCAAAUAUUCUGAGGAGGGGCCACAAGGAGAAGUUGGCUGAGCUUGAGAUCAUUGAAAAGGAGAUUGUGGCCAAGGGAGAAGAGAUCAGAAAAUAGCUCUUGUCAGACAGACACACAGAGACAAAUACACAUACACUCAGGAUUCUAUAAAAUGUGCAGCUGUGUAUAGACCAGUGUGUGACUGGCAGAUGUAAAUGCACACUAACUGUCCCCAAACAUCAUUCAUACCCCCACACAUAAUCUGUGAUCUGUAGGGGGCGCCUGUACUGCAGUUGUUUCUACUGCAUGUUCAUUGAAAGUAUUGUUCUGAUGGA